AUGCCGUCUGCACGCUUCGUAUAUGUGCUGUCUCCAGCCAAGACUUUGGACCUAUCGCCUUCGUGCAUCCUGAAAUGCACGCAACCUCGCCUUCUUUCGAGUGCACACGAGUUGAUUGAGCAGCUACGAAGCUUAUCGCAGAAUGAGGUCAAGGCCUUAUUAGGGGUAAGCGAUGCUCUGGGCAAACUCAAUUUCGACAGGUUCCAAGUUUUUGACACGUCAAAAACGGCCACCGAGGCUUCAAAACCGAAUAAAACCCUGAAACAGGCAGCGCUUGCGUUUCAAGGCCCUGCAUAUCAAGGAUUGAAGGUCCAUGACCUAUCGGAGUCGGACCUCGAGUUCGCCCAGACCCAUGUCCGUAUUUUGAGCGGUCUUUACGGGAUCCUGAGACCCUGCGAUUUGAUCCAGCCGUAUCGGCUAGAAAUGGGUCAAAAGUUGAUCACCAACAGAGGAAAAGACCUGUAUGCAUUCUGGGGAGAUACUCUAGUCUCCGAAUUGGACGCUCUCUUUCGUGACCAAGAGGCCACCGACAACACGAAGCCACAACGAGUGCUGAUCAACAUCGCGUCGCAAGAGUAUUUCAAGUGUUUACCGGCUUCGGCACUUGAAGCGUCGGGCAUUUCGGUUGUCGAAUGCGUGUUCAAAGAUGAUGGGAAGAUCAAGCCGGUGUACGCCAAACGUGCUCGAGGGCUCAUGUGCCGCUACCUCAUUCAGAAACAGGUGGACUCGGUCGCAGGCAUCACGGGCUUUGACUUGGAAGGGUACAAGUACUCGAAAGCAGCUUCGAGCACUUGUACCCUUGCGUUUACUCGCACUGCUGCGGCACAGAAGCUGGCACUCCAGCAGACGAGAGAGGCGGAGAUGAAGACUGGUGCUAAACCCAAGAGAGAGGUGGGCGAAGCUGAGCCAACGGGCAAAAGUCGGUCGAUUGCCACGGUCUCGUCUGAAAACGAUGGUGGUGAAAAGUCGCCGUUGCGGCGCUCUACACGCAAGAAACGAAAGACAAACUGA